AUGAAACCAAAAGAUCUUUUAAUUUUCAAAUUGUAGAAUCAAGUGAAGAUAUAAUGGAUCUUAAAAGUGAGGCAGCUAACAAACUAGAUAUGGUACUUGAGAAUGCUAAUACGAUAGAGAAUGACUACAAAGAGGAAGUUGAUGAAAUGUAUAAAGGAAAGAUGAACUAUGAAGCUGAUGAGAAGUUAAUGAAAUGUAUAGAGGAGAUAUUAAAGAGGCAGACCAGAUAG